CUCGGCUGGUGAAGAACCUUGAUCCUUGCGGGCCACCAUCCCGGAAGUGGAGUUUAGAGGAAGCAAGUCCUAGGGAUGCUGUGGAGUAGUAAGUGCUCGAGAUUCUGGGUGCGGAUUCACACAACUUUGUGUGGCCUGUGCUGGCCCGCACGGACUCAAAGGUUUUAGUUACUUCGUCUGAAGGAGCUAGCUUCUAUGCUGAGCCCGACCAGUUUGUUGGUGGGGGCAGAAGGUGCCUCUGAUGAGUGGGCUUCGGGGCUUUUGAUAAGUCAGCUGAGAAAGCCGGUCUGCGCUCUUCCUCGGUGGAGGCCUUAGAGGUGAACUGAUGCUCUAGUCUAGCGGCGCAUCAUGGCUCAGCGAGCAGUGUGGCUCAUAGGCCACCAACCGGGAACUCCACUUUGUGGCACCGUCAGAUUCUCCAGACGAUAUCCAACUGUUGAAAAACGAGCCAAAGUCUUCAAUGGAGCAAGUUAUGUGCCUAUUCCCGAAGAUGGUCCCUUUCUUAAAUCACUACUCUUCGAACUUAGAUUAUUGGAUGAAGAUAAGGACUUCGUGGAAGGCCGUGAUAGCUGUUCUCACAUCAACAAAACGUCCGUCUAUGGACUUAAAGUAGGAGGUGAAGAACUCUGGCCAGUUGUUGCUUUUCUGAAGAAUGGCAUAGUAUACGCUUGUGUUCCACUAGUUGAACAAACUUUAUCCUCUCGUCCACCAUUAAUUAGCAUUAGUGCAAUUUCACAAGGUUUUGAACUUCUUUUUGGGAUACAGAAUUUUCUUUACUCAAGUCAAAAAAAUGACUCUGAGCUAAAUACAAAAUUGAGCCAAUUGCCUGACUUGCUUCUUCAGGCUUGCCCAUUUGGAACUUUGUUAGAUGCUAACUUACAGAAUUCAUUGGACAGUAUUAAUUUUGCUUCUGUGACUCAUCCACAAAAGCAGCCAGCCUGGAAAGUUGGAACAUACAAAGGAAAACCACAAGUUUCUAUUUCUAUCACAGAAAAGGUAAAAUCUAUGCAAUAUGAUAAACAGGAUAUAGCAGAUACAUGGCAAGUAGUUGGAGCUGUCACUUGCAAGUGUGAUUUAGAAGGAAUCAUGCCAAAUGUUACCAUCAGCUUGAGUCUCCCCACCAAUGGAUCUCCACUUCAGGAUAUUCUAGUUCAUCCUUGUGUGACUUCUCUUGACUCUGCCAUUCUGACUUCUAGUAGCAUUGAUACAAUGGAUGAUUCUGCAUUUAGCGGACCUUACAAAUUUCCAUUCACUCCACCUUUAGAAUCAUUCAACUUAUGUUACUACACUUCCCAGGUUCCUGUCCCACCAAUUUUGGGCUUUUAUCAAGUGAAAGAGGAGGAAGUACACCUAAAAAUAACAGUUAAUUUAAAACUUCAUGAAAGUGUAAAAAAUAAUUUUGAAUUCUGUGAAGCUCAUAUACCGUUUUACAAUAGAGGUCCAAUCACACAUGUGGAAUACAAAAUUAGUUUUGGCCAGCUCGAAGUAUUUCGAGAGAAAAGCUUAUUGAUCUGGACUAUUGGACAGAAGUUCCCAAAAUCAAUGGAAAUUAGUCUUUCUGGAACUGUAACUUUUGGAGGAAAAAGCCAUGAGAAGCAGCCAUUUGAUCACAUUUGCAUUGGGGGUACAGCAUAUUUAAAGCUUCAUUUUAAGAUCUUAGAUUACACACUUACUGGAUGUUACGCGGAUCAGCAUUCAGUUCAAGUUUUUGCAUCAGGAAAGCCAAAAAUAAGUACAUACCGGAAACUAAUUUCUUCUGACUAUUACAUCUGGAAUUCUAAAGCUCCUGCUCCAGUAACAUAUGGAUCAUUAUUACUGUAAUUAUCUCAUGUUUAAAUAGAAUUUAUAUAAUAGCAACAUAGCCUAAAUUAAAUCAGAGUCUUUUAUUUUUAAGGUGUAUGCAUCUAACCUAUGAGAAAUCAUUAAAUGAUUUAAUUAUAAAAAUGCUUGUUUGUUGUUUUUAGUCUGAAAUAAUUUGCGGGGAAAAAGCAUUUUAAAGACUGAUGUCUCCAACUUUGUUACCCUUUGAUUUUACUCAAAUAUGAUUCAGAGCAUAAACCAGUAGUGAUUCAUUUUAGGCUUAUUUUAUAUUAGUCCUGGGUCACCCUGCCAUACAUGUUCCUUCCUGCGCCUGUGGCAGACGUGGCUAAUCAAGCAGUGUCCUCUUUCUGCAUUGAGCUUCCUGCACACAGUCCCAGGCUCUUCUUCAGUGCAGAGCUGCAGGCAGCCACUCCUGAUGGAUUGCGAAUGAUGUACAAGAUAAGAAACUGUGUGCUCUUCCGAACCUGAAUACUAAACUCCUAGUGCAUUGUGUUGUUAUAGAAUACCAGAGACCACGUUAGAAACAACUGUAAAUCUCUUGAAAAAACAGCCAAGAAAAACAAAGGAAAAUUGUUUAAAUAGUAAACUGUUCUUAAUCAGAACUAUUUGACUUAAUAAAGAACCUGCCUAAUUCUA